ACAAUAGGUUGACUUGCAAAAAUUUGUUUGUCAUUCCGCUAUAAGCAAAAUCGGAAAAUCAUUUUGUAAAGUUUGUUCAUUCGCACCGCCAUAAAACACAAUGUUCCGGAAUCAAUACGACAGCGAUGUUACCGUUUGGAGUCCCCAAGGACGUCUUCACCAAGUGGAGUAUGCAAUGGAGGCGGUAAAACUUGGAUCGGCCACAGUUGGUCUCAAGAAUAAAGACUACGCCGUCUUGGUGGCAUUGAGCAGAGCCGCUUCCGAACUCUCAUCAUGCCAGAGGAAAAUCAUACCAAUCGAUGAGCAUUUGGGUAUAUCAAUUUCGGGAAUUACUGCCGAUGCUCGCGUCUUGAGCCGUCACUUGCGUACCGAGUGUCUCAACUACAAAUAUUCCUAUGAUACCACCUACCCAAUAUCGAGGUUGAUCUCAUAUCUUGGUAACAAAAUGCAAACUUGUACACAGCGCUACGAUCGCCGGCCAUAUGGCGUUGGUCUGCUGGUAGCUGGCUAUGAUGAGAUGGGACCCCAUAUAUAUCAAGUCGUUCCAUCUGCAAACUUCUUCAACUGCAAAGCCAUGUCUAUUGGUUCUCGCUCACAGAGUGCCCGCACCUACUUGGAACGUCAUAUCAACAGUUUUGCUGAAUGUUCCAAGGAUGAACUUAUCUGCCAUGGUAUACAGGCUAUACGUGGUUCAUUGCCCAAUGAAGAUGUGUCGGGUAAGGAAAACAGUUCACUCCUCAAUAUAUCUGUGGCUAUUGUCGGCCGCAACCAACCAUUCAAGAUUCUCGAUGAUGCUGAGACUCUUCACUAUCUGGAUAUGGCUAAGAAGAUGGGAACUAGUGUUGUUACUUUGGAGGAUGAUCCCGAAUCGACCGGCAGUGAUGAGGACAAACGUCCCGCUGAAACUCAAGAUCAAUAAA